UGUGUGGAUGGGUUUACCCCAACACGUAGAUCACGUGAGGUUUAACGCGGAAGUAAAGUGAAUCAUUCAAUUCUCGACCGUUCUAAUCACACAAGUUGCGUGACUAUAGCUGAACAGGUUCCCCUACUUUUUUGAAGAGUACAGUUAUCGCAAACAUCUUACAACGGCUGCAAACUCAGGACAGUCCCUUUAAGAGCCGACCACGUGGCGUCACGUUUAUCACCAGUUAACUGAACAUUCUGGUUUUGAGAGUGGUUAAGGUUUGGGAACUGCGGGCGAUUCGGCGCCUAAGGUUCGAGUCUCAGCAACGACACGAGAGACAAUUUGUGAGGCCAAAAAGGAGUUUUAUACCCUGUGUCCAUUAGUGCAGAAUGGCGAGCAGGCAUCUCAUGUGGAUUGUUGUUAUGGAAUUCGUCUUUUGUCUACGUCUACCCAUCAUGGGUGUCACAGCGCAUGCGUCACUUUGUGACGUCUACCACGACGCUACGUAUGGUGGAAUACUGAUGAACUGCGAAAACCUAAAUCUCACAGAGGUUCCGCGAAAUAUCCCAGAAAACACUACCACUUUGAUCCUGCAAAGGAACAAGAUCAGCAAACUUCAUCCGAAAGCAUUCGUCGGUCUGGCGAACCUUAAGCGAUUGUUGCUAUCAUCAAACCGUCUUCUCUAUAACUACGACUCCUUUCCGGAAGACGUGUUUGUGCCCUUGCGAUCACUCGAAGUGCUGGACCUGACCGGAAACAGAAUUGAUAAGCCCAGCCCGUAUCCUGACAUGACAUUCAGCCAUCUUGUGAGUCUUCGGCAACUUCACCUUGACACUUUUGAUAAUAUUACUUUGGGAAAGGGAUUUGCGAAGUUGUUAAAACUAAAAAUAUUGAUCUUUUCCGGGGUUAAUUGUAAGCUUUCAAAACUCAUGAAUAAUACAUUCUAUUAUCUUCAGAAUUCCUCAUUAGCAGAACUUUAUCUUGGAGACUGCCCUAUACGUCAUAUAGAUAAUGGCAUCUUCUUGCCCUUAACAUUUUUAAGUGUUCUAGAUAUGAAAUGGAUAAAAUAUGUAUCGAUUAAGGACGCGAUGGCUUCUCUCUAUGGUUUACAAGGACGAAAUAUGUCGUUUAUUGAUUUUACUAGAGUUUUUAACCCAGGUGCUUAUUCGUAUGAAGAAUACGGCCGUAACUCUAAAAUAACUAAAGUGAUAACAAAGUAUUUAACCAAUAUAUGUGUUAAAAAACUAUCUAUUUCACGCAACCAAAUAUAUUACUUAGAAGCAGCUGCAUUACACGGGGUCCCCUUUUCGCAAUGUAUUGAGGAAUUGGAUAUUUCAAAGAAUAUAAUACGUGGUAACUAUAUAUACUAUCUAAAUUGGGGUAUGUUCCCUAGACUUAAACGUCUAGAUAUUUCAUGUCAACGAAUGAGUGUUGUCGACACUGUCAAUUCACCUUCUCCUUCCUCGAGUUCGGUCAUUUAUCUAGAAUUACCGCCUCAGCUACAAUAUCUAAGCAUGGGAGCUGUCAUUGAUAAUAUCCAUAUUAUCCCCGAUGUUCAGUUUACAAACGGUAAUAAUUUGCAGUAUCUCAAUCUAUCAUUUGAUGGCAUAUCUGAUUUUAUGUUUCACCUUAUUGGUCUACCAAAUCUAACAUCAUUAGAUAUAUCCAAAAACAACGCCAUGACAUUUACAGUAGAUUUUUUACACGCCUUUCGUAAAUUGAUGAACUUGUCAAUGAGUAAUAUGAACUUUGACGUUCAGUUCUUCUACCACAACGCCCGAACUAUUUUUUCAAAGUGUACAGCACUUGAGAGCAUCAAUCUAGCCUACAAUAAAUUCAGCGCCUUACCUCCAGAUAUGUUUAAGGAUCUAACGAACUUGAGGUUCGUAGACUUAUCAAACAACAACCUUGUGUGUUUAACGGUCUUUCUGUCAAUGGUGCCAAAUCUACAGAAGCUUGAUUUCUCUUACAAUUCCCUGACAUUCAUCACUGCCGAUGAUCUUAAAAUAAUAGAGUCCAGUGUGAGCGGACGUAACUUCUCAUUUGCCCUGAGAGGCAAUCCCAUUACAUGUUCGUGCAAUAGCCUUGCAUUCAUUGCUUGGCUUUUUGUUACAUCAGAAAGCAAAUUUGACAACGGACGUAAUUACAUAUGUACCGGGACAGACGGAAACCUUACCACGACACUGGCUGUUCACCAUAAUUACCAAAGAUACUGGGUCAGCUGCAUCAGUCCAAAUAUUUUCACACUGGCAUUGACUUUACUUUGCCUAAUUAUAAUUGUCUUCCUCUGUUCGUUUUUCGUUGUCAGUAACUGGACUAGGGUACAUCACAAACUUCUACGACUCCUGGGCAGUCCGUACAGACUACCACAACGACGUGAUUUUCUGUUUGCGAUUUACGUCGGCUACUGCGAUAGCGACUAUCUGUUUGUUUAUACGACCAUAUAUCAAAGCUUGGAGGUCCUCGGCGGUCUGCGACUCUACUUGCAAGAAAGAGAAAUUCUUCCAGGACAUGGUAUUACAGAAGGAAUCAUCGAAGGCAUCAACACCAGCUGGAAGACGUUGUUAAUAGUUACAAGAGAUUUUAUACAGGACCCUUGCUCCUUCUUGAAGAUAAAAACAUGUGUGUUCGCAGUGUCGGAAGCGACUCCAAGACGAGUGAUUCUUUUAAUAAUCGGAGACGUCAGCGCGGCAGACAUUCCGGGUGAAAUUCUGACUGUUGUCCACGAACAUGAUAUAUUGACCAUUCCAAGUACAGAAGCUUCGGAAGAUGCUUUGGCCAUGAUUCAGGACAUGGUAACGAAUGAUUCACACUAAGACAUGAAAAUUUGAAAGUUUGAUUUGUUUAACGACACCGCUAGAGCACAUUGAUGUAUUAAUAAUCGGCUAUUGGAUGUCAAACAUUUGGUAAUUUCGACAUAUAGUCUUAGAGAGGAAACCCGCUAUAUGUUUCCAUUAGCAGCGAGGGAUCUUUUAUGUGCACCAUCCCACAGACAGGAUAGCACAUACCACGGCCUUUGAUAUACCAAUCGUGGUGUACUGGAUGAAGCGAGAAAUCACAAAGGAAUGGAUCAAGGAAGGAAAUGUUUUAUUUAACGACACACCCAACACAUUUUAUUUACGGUUACAUGGCGUUGCACAUAUGGUUAAGGACCACAUAGAUAUAGAGAGGGGAAACCCGCUG